CCCGGUAUAAUGGUUGCCCCACAGAUUUUUAGACUGAUGAGUCCGUUUGAAUUUUUCAGUAAACCAACAUUUCAGCACCAUGGACAGUGGUAAUGAAAGCACUAUGCCAUAUUAAUUCCCUCCUGCACUUUCCCUUAACUAACACUGAGUAAGUUUAGACUCUUCUGCCUUUCUCGUUCAUAUAUUGAAAUGAUUACAUGUUUUGUAUUCAAUUAUUGACUUUGCUUUUAUUUGCUUUUUUCUUAUGAGCAUCCUGUUUCAUUGUUUGUCUAGUUCUUUCAAAGUCACAGUUAUAAGGGAUUUGUGUCUAGCCAUAUAUUUGGCUCAUUGUAGUUUAAUAUGAUUCCUAUUUGUCUUUUGACAAAUAAGUAUACGUUCAUAUCUUCUUACAUGAUCCUAGAAUUCGUUUUUGCGCUUGACUCUAAGCACAUAUCUAAUCACUUACACCUACUUGAGCUAAAAUCCUAAACCAGUUUAGGUUCAUUUCUCCUGCACGGUUUAAUAUUGUAAUUAUAAUAUUAUUCUAAAAAUAUAAUAUAUGCAAUAAUCCUGAUGUUAAUUAGCAAUCUUUGUAAUAGUAAUCAUCAUAGUAAUCAUAUAGGUCUAACUUUCCUUUUUAUUUUCAUGUUCUCCCGCAAUUCUCUAAAACAGUUGUUGUACGGUAUAUUGAACAGAAAGGGCCGCUAUUGGCCUGAGAGCUGCAGUCUUCAAUAGAGCUCGCAACUGUACCUCCCUCUUAGAUUGUAACAUAGAAAUUGAAAAAGGGACUAACAGCAUGUCCUCGCUUCAAUUGAAAACUGCUUAUGUACAUGGAAACCUGUAAUUUUCGUGGAUCCUUUUUUUUAUAGAUAGUAUCGUAAACCUAACUGCAUUCAUACGGAUUACAUUUUUGUUUUUUUAAAUCAAGAUUGGAAUACAACGACGAAGCAAUGAGACGGCAAGUACCGUUGCUCAUCUUGGUUCUCUCACUCACUUCGACGUUCGGACAAGUCAGCUACUCCAUUCCGGAGGAAAUGGAAAGAGGUUCAUUAGUAUGUAAAAUAGGUCAAGAUCUAGGUUUGGAUUUUUUAAGGCUCAAAUCGGGCAAAGCUCGUAUUCAUUCGGGUGACAGUGCAGAAUAUAUCGAGCUGAACAAAGAACGGGGUGUCCUGCUUAUCAAGGAAAGAAUAGACAGAGAAAUAUUGUGUGGAGAAACAACGCCCUGUGCCUUACAUUUGCAGAUGAUUUUGGAAAAUCCGAUGGAAUUGUUUCGCAUAACAAUAGAGAUUACAGACAUAAACGAUAAUGCUCCGUGCUUUGCGUCGAGUGAAACACGUUUUGAAAUCAGUGAGUCCGCCGUUAUUGGUUCUAAAUUUGUGCUUGAGAAAGCCAUCGAUGCAGACAUUGGUGUAAAUGAUAUCCAAAGCUAUACGCUUAAUCCAGCAAACAACUUUGCAUUGAAAAUAGAGAAUCAAGCGGACGGAAGUAAAAAGGUGGAAAUGGUUCUACAGAAACCUCUAGAUCGAGAGCACCAGAAUCAGAUAUCACUGUUAUUAACUGCUCUAGACGGUGGAGAGCCGCGCAAGUCUGGUAAAAUGCAGAUAACGGUUAACGUGUUAGAUGCUAACGAUAAUGCACCGGUUUUCACUAAGUCAGUUUAUAAAUCAACAAUUACCGAGAAUUCCCCGAGGGGAACCAGUGUUAUAACUGUUAGUGCAUCUGACAAAGACGGAGGCUCUCAUGGCGAAAUUUCAUACGCUAUUUCAAAUAGCAAGCGCCGUUUAUCAGACUUAUUUCAGAUUGAUAGGAAAACGGGAGAAGUGAUCUUAAUAGGUGAAUUAGAUUACGAAAAAGCUAAAGUAUUUCAAAUUGAUAUCGAGGCUAUGGAUAAUGGAGGACUCUCUGAUUCCAGUAAGAUUCUAAUAGAUAUCACUGAUGUCAAUGACAACAGUCCUCAGUUGAAGAUACUCUCUAAAUCUGACGCCAUUUCAGAAGACUCUCCUCACAACCACGUGAUUGCUAUGUUAAGCGUAAAUGACCCGGACUCUGAAAGGAGUGGCGAGGUGACAUGUAAUAUUAACGAUGACAUUCCUUUUAAAAUUCAUAACACAAUGAAUGGAUUUUAUAGUUUAGUAACAGAGGUAGCUUUGGAUAGAGAGGUAGCAUCCCAAUUUAAUAUAACUGUGACUUGCUCCGACAAAGGACUCCCCUCCCUCUCCAGCAGCGUCACUCUCACCUUACAGAUCUCUGAUGUUAAUGAUAAUUCGCCUGUCUUUGAGAGGAGCUCAUAUGAGGCCUAUAUUGUAGAAAACAACACACCGGGUCUCUCUGUAUUCACAGUAAAAGCCAGAGAUGCUGACUGGAACCAGAACGCGCGUGUUUCUUACAUACUGGAGGACUCCUCUGUUAACGGAGUGCCAGUCUCCUCGUAUGUGUCCGUUAGUGCUGAUAGUGGAGUCAUCCACGCAGUGCGCUCUUUUGACUACGAGCAGAUCAAAGAUUUCCACUUCCGCGUCAAAGCGCAAGAUGGAGGCUCCCCUCCACUCAGUAGCAACGUGACUGUGAAAGUGCUGAUCCAGGACCAGAACGACAACCCUCCUCAGGUUCUGUACCCGGUCCAGACUGGAGGCUCUCUGGUGGCUGAGAUGGUUCCUCGUUCAGCAGAUGUGAGCUAUCUGGUCACUAAAGUGGUGGCUGUUGAUGUGGACUCUGGACAGAAUGCCUGGCUCUCCUACAAACUGCAGAAAGCCACAGACAGGGCGCUGUUUGAAGUGGGCUUACAGAAUGGAGAAAUAAGAACUAUCCGCGGAGUCACUGAUAAAGAUGCAGUGAAACAAAGACUGACUGUGAUCGUGGAGGACAACGGGCAGCCCUCUCGUUCAGCUACAGUCAUUGUUAACGUGGCGGUGGCGGACAGCUUCCCGGAAGUGCUGUCUGAGUUCACUGACUAUACACAAGACAAGGAGUACAAUGACAACCUGACCUUCUACUUAGUGUUGGCUUUGGCUGUAGUUUCCUUCCUCUUCAUCACGUGUUUAGUGGUUAUUAUAUCAGUGAAGAUCUACAGAUGGAGGCAGUCUCGCGUCCUGUAUCACUCCAAUCUCCCUGUGAUUCCAUAUUAUCCACCACGUUACUCAGACACUUUGGGGACAGGGACUCUCCAACACGUGUACAACUACGAGGUGUGCAGGACGAAUGACUCCAGAAAGAGUGACUGUAAGUUCGGCACAGUCGGUAGUCAGAACGUGCUGAUAAUGGACCCCAGUUCUACAGGAACGAUGCAGCGGAUACAAAGUGAGAAGAACAUCCUGGAUGAACCAGACUCUCCUCUAGAGGUUUGUCAUAAGCUGCUAAUA